CAAGUCGGCCUUGGUAGCGCGAGAAAUUUCUCGACGGCACGACCAAUAUUUCAGCAACUCACGCAGAAUGUGCCUGUUGCUGGACGUGCAAUAUACAAAGCAGACUGGGAUCUGGAGAAGAGGAAGACGAAGGGUAAACUCAGGAGAGACUUAAAGACGAGCACUGAGAAGGAGGCUGUGCGUUCGACGCUCCGUGCAAAGCCCAUUGAGAAGACUAGGAGGGUUGUCGAGCUUGAGCGUUAUUUCCCUGAACCAGCUCCAGCUGCAAAUGGUGUAACGACUGUAUUGCUUGUCCCUCUUGCACCUACACCGACGGGUCGUCUUCCAUUGACGGAUACUCAAGCGACGGAGCCGAGUCUCCUCGUAGUUUCAGACUUGCAAGAAAUCCUUUCCACACAUCGUAUACACUCGCUUCGAGUAUCCUCGCUGUUUGUAAGGCUCGAUGCA